AUGGGAGUUCACAUCGCUCCGUUGAUCAACAUAACUGGGGCAAUAAUUCCAUGUCCAUUCUACACCUUCAACUUUCGACACCAACAGUACAUACGCCUUUAUAAACACUGCACUUCGGCACCCAAAAUGGUUGACUGGGUCAGCCUCGCGAUACCGUUCGCCUACCUAGGCAUUCUAAUCGGAUCUCUCGCUACCUUUUCCUCGCUAUAUCGUAAACGGAAAUCAGCAAGAGCCCUCUCCCUCGCACCAUGGUUCCCAUCCCACCUCCAACGAGACAUCUACUUCUCCCUCUUACACCUCGAGCAACCGGCAGCAGCAGCAGGAAAGGAAAAAAAAACCACAGCCGUCCCCGAAACCGUCCUCAAAGCCGCACUCCUCCGUCGCGCCGCAGAAGAUAUAAAACGUGUCAUCGCCAUCCGAGACCAGAAACAAGCUCUGUCCCUAUUGCUGCAACGAGGCAGCGUAGGCGAUGAUCUGUGGCAGCGCUUCCUGAGGGCAGAAAAGGAGAUGGAGGAGGAGGUGCGUGAUGUUGUUCGCGAGGCAAAUGCCUACGCCCCAAACUGGGGCCAAUUCAUCUUCCAAUCCGCGCGCGAAAUGGAUCAGAACAACCUCUUCCGUCAACGGAUCGACGAGUAUCAGUCCAAGGUCAGCGAGGAGGUGGAAUGGUGGACGAAACGGAGGUUGGAGAUUCAGGAGGGGUUUAUGAAGGAGUUGGAUGCUGAGAAGGAUACCACUACCACUUCCACUCCUGCUGCCCCUGUGGUUGCGGCACCGGCUGCACCGUCAGUAACAGCUGUCAGUGAUGAUGAUGGUGUUUUAGUGGAGGCCGAAGUACCCAAAGUCAACAGUGGAACGAGCAGUGUUAAGAAGAAGAAGAAGGGCAAGAAAUAG